AUGGCUCAGGCGUCACCUCUCGGAGAGCUGUCCCUAAGCUACCCAGGUCCACUUCGAACCGCAGCACCCCAGAUCAUAGCCGGGAGCCUGAAGGCUCCGCUAUGGGUUCGUGCUUACUUCUAGGGCCUGCUCUUCUCUCUGGGCUGCGACAUCCAGAGACACUGUGGCAAAGUGCUCUUCUUGGGACUGCUGGCCUUUGGGGCCUUGGCACUAGGUCUCUGUGUAGCCAUUAUUGAGACAGACCUGGAACAGCUCUGGGUAGAAGGUGAGUUUGUAGACACCAGCCAUAGCUGCUUGGGUAUGGCCCAAAAUAAAAACAGGGUGAGAUGCUGGCCCUGGGACUGGUGGGGCACCUGCCAGCCAGAGCCUGUAUACCUAGCCAAGGCUCAGCUCAUGUUGAUUUUCAUUUUUAAGUUUUUGCCCCAAACCCAGCCAACUUGGUUCAUGCUUAAACCCUGGGAUUUGAACAAAAUCUGCUACAAGUCAGGAGUUCCCCUUAUUGAAAAUGGAAUGAUUGGGGCGAUGAUUGAGAAGCUGUUUCCAUGUGUGAUCCUCACCCCCCUCAACUGCUUCUGGGGGGGAGCCAAACUCCAAGGGGGCUCUGCCUACUUGCCGGGCCACCCUGAUAUCCAGUGGACCAACCUGGAUCCAGAGCAGCUGCUAGAGGAGCUGGGCCCCUUUGCCUCCCUUGAGGGCUUCCGAGAGCUGUUAGACAAGGCACAGGUGGGCCAGGCCUACAUGGGGCAGCCCUGUCUACACCCUGAUGACAUUCAUUGCCCACCUAGUGCUCCCAACCAUCACAGCAGACAGGCUCCCAGUGUGGCUCAAGAGCUAAGCAAGGGCUGCCACAGCUUCUCCCACAAAUUUAUGCACUGGCAGGAGGAGUUGCUGCUGGGAGUCAUGGCCAGAGACCCCCAAGGAUAGCUGCUGAGGGCAGAGGCCCUACAGAGCACCUUCCUGCUGAUGAGUCCUCACCAGCUGUAUGAGCAUUUCCGGGGUGACUACCAGAUACAUGACAUUGGCUGGAGUGAGGAGCAAGCCGAAGUGCUACAGGCCUGGCAGAGGCGCUUUGUGCAGCUGGCCCAGGAGGCUCUGCCUGAGAACUCAUCCCAGCAGAUUCACGCCUUCUUCUCCACCACCCUUGAUGACAUCCUGCAUACAUUCUCUGAAGUCAGUGCUGCCCGUGUGGUGGGAAGCUAUCUGCUCAUGCUGGCCUAUGCCUGUGUGACAAUGCUGCGGUGGGACUGUACCCAGUCCCAGGGUGCUGUGGGCCUUGCUGGGGUGCUGCUGGUGGCCCUGGCAGUGGCCUCAGGCCUUGGACUCUGUGCCCUGCUUGGCAUCACCUUCAAUGCUGCCACUACCCAGGUGCUGCCCUUCCUUGCGCUAGGAAUCGGUGUGGACGACAUAUUCCUGCUGGCACAUAUCUUCACAGAGGCUCCACCUGGCACCCCUCUCCAGGAGCCCACGGGAGAGUGUCUACAGCACACAGGCACCAGUGUUGCACUCACAUCCACCAACAACAUGGUUGCCUUCUUCAUGGCUGCCCUAGUUCCCAUCCCUGCCCUUCAGGCCUUCUCCCUGCAGGCAGCCAUCGUGGUUGGCUGCACCUUUGCAGCCGUGAUGCUUGUCUUCCUAGCCAUCCUCAGCCUGGACCUGCGCCAGCGCCACUGCCAGCGCCUGGAUGAACUCUGCUGCUUCUCUAGCCCCUACUCUGCUCAGCUGAUUCAGAUUCUGCCCCAGGAACUGGGGGAUAGGACAGUGCCAGUGGGCAUUGCCCACCUGACCACCAUAGUUCAAGCCUUUACUCACUAUGAAGCCAGCAGCCAGCAUGUGGUCACCAUUCUGCCUCCCCAAGCCCACUUGGGGCCCCCACCUUCUGACCCAUUCAGCUCUGAGCUCUUAAGCCCCAGAGGGUCCACCCGGGACCUUAUAGGUCAGGAGGAGGGAACAAGGCAGAAGGCAGCCUACAAUUCCCUACCCUGUGCCCGCUGGACUCUUGCUCAUUUUGCUCGCUAUCAGUUUGCACCCUUGAUGCUCCAGUCACAUGCCAAGGCCAUGGUGCUGGUGCUUUUUGGAGCUCUUUUAGGGCUGAGCCUGUAUGGAACCACUUUGGUGCAAGACGGGCUGGCCUUGACAGAUGUGGUACCUCAAGGCACCAAGGAGCAUGCCUUCCUGAGCACCCAGCUCAGGUACUUCACCCUGUAUGAGGUGGCCCUGGUGACUCAGGGUGGCUUUGACUAUGCCCACUCCCAACGUGCCCUCUUUGAUCUGCACCAGCACUUCAGCUCCCUCAAGACUGUGCUGCCCCCACCUGCCACCCAGGUACCCCGCACCUGGCUGCAUUAUUACUGCGAUUGGCUACAAGGAAUCCAGGCUGCAUUUGACCAGGACUGGGCUUCUGGGCACAUUACCCUCUACUCAUACUGCAAUGGCUCUGAGGACAGGGCCCUGGCCUACAAGCUGCUCAUCCAGACUGGGGAUGCCCAGGAGCCUCUGAAUUUCGACUAGCUGACCACAAGGAAGUUGGUGGACAAAGAGGGGCUGAUUCCACCAGAGCUCUUCUACAUGGGACUGUGGGUGAGCAGUGACCCCCUGGGUUUGGCAGCUUCUCAGGCAAACUUCUACCCCCCACCUCCUGAAUGGUUGCACGACAAAUACGACACCACUGGGGAGAACUUUCACAUCCCACCAGCUCAGCCCCUGGAGUUCGCCCAGUUCCCCUUCCUGCUUUAUGGCCUCCAGAAGACUGCAGACUUUGUGGAGGCCAUUGAGGGGGCCUGGGCAGCAUGUGAAGAGGCAGGCCAGGCUGGGGUUCACGCCUACCCCAGUGGGUCCCCCUUCCUCUUUUGGGAGCAAUAUUUGAGUCUGCGGCACUGCUUCCUGCUGGCUGUCUGCAUCCUACUGGUGUGCACUUUCCUCCUCUGUGCCCUCCUGCUAUUCAACCCCUGGACAGCUGGCCUCAUAGUGCUAGUGCUGAUGAUGAUGACCGUGGAGCUAUUUGGUAUCAUGGGUUUCCUGGGCAUCAAGCUGAGCGCCAUUCCGGUGGUGAUCCUCAUAGCAGGAGGGAUUGGUGUCGAGUUCAUAGUCCACAUGGCUUUGGGGGGCAGUUCUAGGACUACUCUGUUCUCCCAGGGUAGCCAGAACCUACAGGCAGCCUGUUCCCUUGAGCACACAUUUGCUCCUGUGACUGGUGGAGCCAUCUCUACAUUGCUGGGUCUGCUCAUGCUCACUGGUUGCAACUUUGACUUCAUCAUAAGGUACGUUUUCGUGGUGCUGACAGUGCUCACAUUCCUGGGACUCCUCCAUGGACCUGUGCUGCUGUCCAUCCUGGGCCCCCCACCAGAGGUGGUACAAAUGUACAAGGAGAGCCCUGAGGUCCCGAGCCCCUCAGCUCCACCUGGGGGUGGGCUCAGGUAGGGGAUGUCCCCCACCCUGCCCCAGAGCUUUGCCAGAGUAACUACCUCCAUGACUUUGGCCCUGAACCCACUCCCACUGCCUGGUGCCUAUAUCCAUCCAACCUCUGAUGAACCCACUUGGUCCCUUGCUGCCAUCCCAGCUGCCACUGACUCUGACGAUUUCAGUUCUAGGGGAUCAUGCCCAGCCACUGAGUAAAAGUGCAAAUGAAGCAUGGAGAGCUUGCUUUGGCCACAUAAAGUCACUGGGAGGCAAUGGGUUGAGUAUUGAAUGUAGGACGCACCCGCGGAGGGCCCUGCUGCUGCUGCUGCAUCCCCUCCCCUGACUCAGUAUCACAGACCUCCCUGAUAUCCAUACAGAACAGCCUCCCCUAGGCUGUAAGCAGCCUUGCACACUCAGGCCUGUGUGUCAGGUGGAGUGAAAGCCAGUGCAUCAGACUGCCAUGCAGCCCUGUCACUCACCUGCCCCACACUGCUGCCCACGCAACAGACCAAGUCUGAGGAAUCCUUGAGCAA